AUGGCCGGCCAGCUCUCGCUCUAUAUCAAGGCCUUCAUCAUACGCUUCUUCCAAACCCUGGGCCGCUAUCUAGAUCUCUAUGCCUCGACACCCCUCCCCCAACGGCCCCUCUUCAGCCGCACAAUACCGUCAACUGUCGGUUCCGUCCCCGGCCAAUUCAAAAUCCUCUUCUACACGCCCCCGGACUACAGCCGCAAGCCCAAGUCCGCAGGAUACCCUAUCCUCGUCAAUUUCCACGGCGGCGGGUACACCAUCGGCCAUGCCGCCGACGAUGCCCGUUGGGCAACCGAGGUCGUGAAGCGGACGGGCGGGGUGGUCGCGAGUGUCGACUACCGUCUCGCACCAGGGUAUCCGUUCCCGACUGGCAUUGAAGACUGCGUCUCGGCCGUGCUGUACCUGUGGCAGCACGCCGACGAGCUGAACCUGGAUGUGGCCCGCACCGCCUUCUCGGGGUUUAGCGCCGGGGGCAACUUCUGCUACACGGCCGCAAUCCGUCUGCACGAGGAGUUGACGGCGUUGAGAGGACCCGGUCGCGCGGUCGAGAAUCACCAGCUCAAUGUCGGGAAGCUGGUGAGCACGGUGGCGUUUUAUCCGGCAGUCGACAUGACCAAGUCCCGCGCGGAGAGGAACGCAUCGAAUCCAAACAUGAAGUCGAUCAUCAAUCCGGUAUUCUUUAAGCUCUUCGCGGGGUGUUAUUUCCCCCCGGGCACAGACACGCAUUCACCGCUGUUGAGUCCUGGUGUUGCUCCUGAUCAGGUGCUGAGGGAUGCAUUGCCGGAAAAUAAUGUGAUGAUGACGUGCUGGGGGGACGGCUUGUUAAUGGAGGGGGAGCAAUUCAGGGAGAGACUAAAGGCUUUGGGGAAGAGGGUCGAUGGUUAUAUUGUGCCGGAAGUGCCACACGGAUGGGACAAAUGGCCAAGUUACAGGAAUGGUAACGUGAAGAGAGAUGAGGCUUACAAAUUUGCAGCUGAGAGCCUGAGGGAAUUUUGGAACUAA